AUGUGCCAUAUGUUGUGCGACCAGCCAGAUGAAGCACUCCGAGACGCGAUGCAAGCACAGUGUGUCUAUCCAGACUGGCCCACUGCGUUUUACCUUCAGGCGGUGGCUCUUGCAAAGCUGAAUAUGCUCCAAGACUCAGCUAACAUGCUCAAAGAAGCUGCUAUAUUGGAAGACAAGAGGCUCAUUUGUACGAGAAGGACGAAGGCUACAUGUUUGUAUCGGUGCGGUAGCUUGAGAUCUUUUGCUGGAGCUGGUGAAAUUAUCAAGAACAACAAAGAAACUGAAAAAGAAUCUAAGCUGAAAGAUGCGGUGUUGAGUGCGCAUUCAGCUAAAUUUGAUGCUGAAAGAUGUAUCAGCGAUCACGAGAGGCUGGUGAGAGAUUUAGGUCUAAGAAUGACUAGUCUGGAGAAAGCCAUGGAAGGCAAGGACACUCCACAAAUCUUGGCUGCGGUUAAAGAAUUGGAGGAAACUCUCAACUCCAAUAAUCUAUCAUCAUCAUCAUCGAGAAAUAAGAAUACUUUCCCAACUGAAUUAACCGCCAUGCUUCUGCAAAGAUUUGGUGGUAAUCUUAGGGCUUUACAAUUGAAGACGAUGAUGAAGGAACUCGUCGUCUCACACCACGUUUCUGAUGAGAUGGCAAAUCUAGUUUUAGCAAGGUCAAUUGUUGUAACUGCCGUUUUAAGUUUUCUUUUCUUCUCUUAUUAG